CAGAACCUUUGAUUGGCGUUUUAGCUAGAGGAGAUGCUGCCGUUAUCAGUCGCAUUGAGCAAUGUGCAACUAACUGUUGUCAUAGUGCAAGUUCUCAGGCGUGUUUGUACUGCCAGAAACAUGGCCAACAAGUUAACACAGGAGCAGAUUGCAGAGUAUAAAGGAGUUUUCGAGAUGUUCGAUGAAGACGGAAAUGGAGAUGUAAAGACACAGGAGCUGGAGAGACUGAUGAGCUUAAUGGGAAUUAAUCCUACAAAGAGAGAGUUCAGCCAGAUGGCCAAAGACGUGGACAAAGAUGGUAAAGGGACAUUUAACUGUGACAGCUUUCUGGGUCUGAUGGCGCUAUACCAUGAAAGAACCAAGAAUCAGGAUGCUGAACUCAGAGCUGCUUUUAAAGUGUUUGAUAAGGAGGCCAAGGGAUAUAUUGACUGGAACACACUCAAAUAUGUACUAAUGAAUGCAGGAGAACCACUAAAUGAGAUCGAGGCAGAGCAGAUGAUGAAGGAAGCAGAUAAAGAUGGAGAUGGAACCAUUGAUUAUGAAGAAUUUGUGUCAAUGAUGACUGGGGCAUUGUUUAAAAUGAGCUGAAGACUUAAUGAAGAAAGGCAUCUCACUUUGAACCUUGUGCAGCAGUUGUGAACAUACUGUACUCGAUGUGUUCCAGUGACAUAGGAUUAUACAACAAGAAGGUUUUCUUUGCACUCAACAUAUUUCCAUUAUUUCUAGAAAUGUGUGCAGUGACAUAUCUCAAGAUUCAUUAUUUACAGAACUGUCUG